AUGAGCCAACCACGGUCUGGAUGCAACACGUGGCUACAAGACUUAAUCCAGCUUCACUCCACCCUUCCACCUAGUGAGGAUUCGGCAGAUGAUCCUAUGGCAGCAGACAACAUCAGUGAACCUCAUGAGUCUUACCAUGAACAAGUUGAAGGAGAGUACUUUGACGGAGGUGGAAAUUGGAGCAAGGACUGUGAGGCUGAAGUAACCGACUAUUUUCCUGAACCCCCGCUAGCCUUUGAGGAGGGCUAUACAUUUCUGAGUUUGUUCGACACCGAUGAAAAUAGCAUCCAUUGCAAAAUGAACCUAUACUAUCCAUUCAGCAGUUGGAAGGAAUGGGAGGUUGCAGCAUGGCUUCUGCAUUUGGGCCUGAGCAUGGGCAAGAUAGAUUCGUUCCUGUCGCUGGAGAUGAUAAAAGAUUUGCAUUUAUCAUUCCGCUCAGCUAAAGAGUUACGAGGUCGAGCUGAAAUGCUACCAGGUGGUCCACAUUGGAAAUCACAAGUAAUAUGUACAUCCCAUUCCACCAAGACGCCGGUUAUUCUCUACUGGCGAGAUCCGCUUGAGUGCAUCGCCAGUAUUUUCAACCAUCCUUUAUUUCACAACCGUCUAGACCUCACUCCUUGCAAAGUGUAUUCCACAUCGCAGAAACUGUCUCAGGUAUAUACUGAGUGGAUGACAGGGCAACAUGCUUGGGACAUGCAGUCGGCGCUACCUCACGGUGCAACUCUCCUUGGUGUCAUUCUAUCCUCAGACAAGACAUGUAUCACCACAUUGACAGGCGAUCGUGUUGCCCAUCCGCUACUUAUCAGCCUCACCAAUAUUCACAUGAAUACGCGAUUGAAAUCAUCUUCGAACACUUUCCUCCUCACUGCCCUGCUACCGGUCCCAAAAUUCGUUCAUAAGAACAAACGGAUGAAGGGCGUAUUGCAGGAUUGGCUCGUUCAUCAGUGCUUGGAUAUCAUACUAGAACCCUUGAAAUCGGCUGCUCAACUGGGCGUCAUGAUGUCAGAUCCGAUCAGAUGCAGCCAUUACUGCUUCACUCCACUUGCUAGCUACAUCGCCAAUACUCCGGAAGCGAUGAUGCUGGCAUGCAUUGGCGGAAAGACAUCUCCAGUGACCAUGGCCAUGUACAAACAGUUCGGAGAUGCCUUUCACCAUGAACCCCAGACAAAAUCAACAACUCUUGCACAGCUGGAUAUUGUACACUCACAUGCUGAUCCACAUAACCUCGAGGCAUUCUUUCAUGAAGCGCAGAAGUUCCGCCUGAAUGGCGUUGAGAAACCAUUCUGGAGUGACUGGCCACUAGCCGAACCCUCCCAUUUCUUCACACCUGAAUCGCUACACCACAUUCACAAGCAGUUUUACGACCAUGAUGCCCAAUGGAUUAUCAUUGCUGUGGGAGAGUCUGAGUUAGAUUUUCAGUUCUUGGUUUUACAGCCUACUACAAUUUACCGGCAUUUUCAUGGAGGCAUAUCAAAGCUGAAACAAGUUACUGGUUGCUGUCAUCGUGACAUUCAGCGAUCGAUCAUUGCACUCAGCGCAGAUGCAAUGCCUCCUGGUAUCAUGACUUCUGUACGCGCACUCAUGCAUUUCCAUUAUCUUGUGCAAUCGCCAUGCAUUGACGAUGAUAAUCUUGCCCGCAUCUCGGCUGCAUUGGAUGAGUUCCAUGCAAAUAAGCAUGCAAUCAUCACUGCUGGGGUUCGCCGGGGAAAAGGCAAUACAACCAUCGACAACUGGUACAUACCCAAACUCGAGCUAAUGCAGAACAUCGUUCCUAGCAUCCGUAGCUCUGGUGUUAUAAGUCAAUGGUCUGCCGAUGCCAUGGAACAUGCACACAUCAUGGAAGUCAAGAACCCUGCAAGAUCAACCAACAACAAUAGUUAUGAUCCGCAAAUAUGUCGUUAUCUUGACCGCGCUGGCAAGUGUAAUAGGUUUGAUCUUGCCAUCGGUGAUGACAUUGACGAGGACGCGGAUGUGGAGAUCGUUGCUGUGGAGAUUCCAUCCAGGGCUCAGCGACCCGAUCAGCCGCGUCCUAUCACAGAUUAUUUCACAAUCGCCAAAAUGCUACAGCACAAAAAGGCAGGAUCGAUACCCAUCCCACUAUGCUCUUUCGUUGUUGGGCGCACUGCACUCCAUCUCGCAUAUGAUCCUUCUAUUAGGAAUAUUGGUGUCGAUGAAGUUGCCAUCAUGUUCAACCUGCCAGACCUUCGCCCAGCUCUCGCUGAUUUCCUUCACCGCAAGGAGACUUCUGAACAUCGUCUUCAUGCAAUCAGUGGUCCUCGAAGAGCUGGACCUGAAGCUGAACUCCCAUUUGAUAAGCUUCAAGUCUGGUUCAGAAUAUGUUUACAAGAAACGGAAUUUCACGACGCCCAUGAAAUUCGCCCAGCUCAAACGUUAAACUGUGCACCACCUAGUGGGCCCUGGACUUCGGGCUGUUAUGACACCGUCAUUAUCCAGACCAAUGCAGGGCAGUCAUGGCCUACUUGUGGUCUUUCAGGUCACUCGGUAGCCCAACUCAGACUUCUCAUAUGGCCUAUUGGCAAAAGUGGUACGCCAUGGUCUUGGGAAGAUCAGUUCAUCACCUAUUUGCAAUGA